GCAUUGUGCGAUGACAGCACACCCUGUGACAAGAACCAGAAGGACAAGGACAUUGUUGAUGCGGAUGGCAACAAGAUCAAAACCCCAAGUGCACCAACGAUGACCCGGGCAAGGUGUGUCAACAGCCUGGACAACUUCCGACAUAUGAUUGGCCAGCAGUGGUAUGAAAAUGAAAGCGAUGCUGCUGCUGCUGGAACUUCAGCGCAAGCGGCCACUCUUUGCACCGAAUGCCGCAUUUUCCCACUAGUAGCUAUGGGCAAGGGCUGCUUGGCUGUCAGGGUGGUAGUCCUAUAG